CUCUCUCUCAUCGUCAAUCCUAUAAGAUUUUUUGAAAAUUCUCUCUCAUCGUUAAUGUUACCAGUUCUGUAUGAAAAGUCUCUCUCUCUCUCUCUCUGCAAAUAUGAUACCAAUCCGGUCUAUUUCAUUUAAAGGAAAGAUUGGAUUGUAUGUUGAAUUUAAACUUGCAAAUCUGAUCCAUAGGACAAAAUAAAGAGCGAACUGGAUUACGCUCUAUUUUGUGAUGGAAUCUCCAAUUGGGUCUUAUCUUUUGAGGCCUAUUUGUGGAAAGAUCGCAUUCUUUUGCAGAGUCUCUUAUGAUGAGGCGCAAGGCCUAUUCUUCUCUCUCUAAACCCAUCACUCGGAAAUCAGGAACCAUGAAAACGAAGAAGAUCUUUGGGAUUUCACUCUCUCUUAUUCUCAUCAACAUGGCUUCCAUUAUGGAGCGCGCUGAUGAGAACCUUCUCCCUGCUGUUUACAAAGAAGUGAGCGAUGCUUUCAAUGCAGGUCCAACUGAGCUAGGAUAUCUCACAUUUAUACGCAACUUUGUGCAAGCAUUAGCCUCACCCAUAGCAGGCAUAUUAGUCCUCCAUUACGAUCGACCCACUAUUCUUUCAAUGGGGACCCUCUUUUGGGCCUUAUCAACUGCUGCAGUUGGAGUUAGCCAAGAAUUUCGACAAGUUGCAUUUUGGAGAGCCAUCAACGGGGUUGGGUUGGCCAUUGUUAUACCAGCUCUGCAAUCUUUUAUUGCAGAUAGUUACUUGGAUGGAGUUAGAGGAAGAGGGUUUGGAUUGCUUAACCUUGUCGGCUCUAUUGGGGGGAUAGGUGGUGGGGUGGUGGCUACUGUUAUGGCUGGUCAUGACUAUUGGGGCAUCACGGGUUGGCGUUGUGCUUUUAUAAUGAUGGCUCUACUGAGUUUAUUGAUUGGCUUCCUUGUAUUCUUGUUUGUUGUUGACCCAAGAAAUCUGGCUUCUGGCCACGUUGAGAAUGCUGAAAGGAUGGACUUUAUAGAAAAGAGCAUUCCUGUUUCACCAUCAACAUGGGAAGACUCCUGGAUGGCUAUGAAGUCUGUCAUGAAAGUGCAUACCUUUCGAAUCGUAGUCCUGCAAGGGAUCGUGGGUUCUCUCCCAUGGACAGCAAUGGUGUUCUUUACCAUGUGGUUCGAACUAAUCGGCUUCAACCACAAGAGCUCAGCUGCCCUCCUCAGUCUCUUUGCGGUCGGUUGUGCCCUAGGCAAUCUCCUUGGCGGUGUCAUAGCUGACAGGAUCUCACACCUAUACCCUGACUCUGGUCGAGUAAUGUGUGCACAAUUCAGCGCAUUCAUGGGAAUCCCCUUCUCGUGGUUCCUUCUUACUAUUAUUCCCCAGUCUCAAAGUAGUUUUUUCAUCUUUGCAGUCACCCUCCUCCUUAUGGGCCUAACCAUUAGUUGGUGUGCUACAUGUGCUAACAACCCGAUUUUUGCUGAGGUGGUUCCGCCUAAACAUAGAACGAUGAUUUAUGCUUUUGAUAGAGCCUUUGAAGGUUCUUUCUCAGCUUUUGCAGCUCCUGCAGUGGGGAUGUUAUCCGAGAAGCUUUAUGGGUAUAACCCAAAGUCUGUCAAGCUCGGUUCAGGAUCUGUUCAAGAGGCUUUCGCACUGUCGCGAGGGCUUUUUGCCAUGAUGGCUGUGCCUUUUGGGCUCUGCUGCUUGUUUUACACACCUUUGCAUUUAACUUUUAAGCGGGAUCGAGAGUGUGUGAAGCUUGCAACUCUGAAAGAGCAAGACCUUGAGCUCACAUGAAUGUAGUGUCAAAGUUUCUCCUUUUUUUUUUUUCGUAGGCUGAUUGAGCUCAAUUUAAUAUGCCUGCCGGUUUUCCCCUCUUCCAUUUGUAGAGUUGGACUGAAAAAGUUGAUCAUUUUUAUCUUUGUUGUACAAUUCACAACAUU